CUAUUUUCUUUGAUACCAAACAAUCCCCAUUACAGCUAUCUCCCUCAAACAGUGCAAUUCUUCUUCUCUUUUUAAUCUUCCCAUCACCCCCCCACGAUAUGGCCCCAAAUAUACCAAUGGCAUUCCCCACCACCUUUCUUCUUCUUCUUCUUCUCCUUGUUUCGCCUUCCAUUAUUCAUGCUUUCUCCCAUGAAACCACUUUCCAAAGCCUUGCAAGCCAAGCCUGUGCCAACAUCCAGAACCAAAGCUCUUGCCUCCUCAACCUGCAGUCGAGGGUCGUCCGGUCAGGGUUAGACCAGCAGAGCCCCGGCUCGAUACUCAGAGCCGCGAUGGAGAACUCUCUCGACGAAGCGAGACAAGCCAUUGAAAUGAUCACCAAGUUCAACACCUUAUCCAUUACUCUCCGAGAACAAAUAGCCAUUCAGGACUGCCAGGAGUUGCUAGACUUCUCGGUGUCCGAACUGGCUUGGUCCCUGGCCGAGAUGAAGGUCGUUAGGGCCGGCGCCGGUAGCCACUCCGAGGGGAACUUGAAGGCAUGGCUGAGCGCGGCGCUUAGCAACCAAGACACCUGCCUGGAGGGCUUCGAGGGCACGGACCGACGCCUCGAGAGGUUCAUCAGAGGCAGCCUGGCUCAAGUCACUCAGCUCAUUGGCAAUGUCCUGGUUCUGUACACCCAGCUGCAUCGCCUGCCCUUCAAAGCAACGAGGAACAGAACUACUUCAGGAACCGAGGAUUCUGAGUUUCCCAAGUGGAUGAGUGAAGGGGAUCAAGAGCUUAUGGUUUCAAGGCCCGGAGGAUUAAUGCAUGAUGCAGUGGUGGCUUUGGAUGGCACCGGGGAUUAUCGGUCCAUAACACAGGCCAUUAACGAAGCUCCGAACUUUAGCAACAGGAGGUACAUUAUCUACAUAAAGAGAGGGGUUUACAGAGAGAACAUUGACAUGAAGAAGAAGAAGACCAACAUCAUGUUUGUUGGGGAUGGCAUAGGCGCCACCAUUGUCACUGGAAAUAGGAAUUUCAUGCAAGGUUGGACCACCUUUAGGACUGCUACUGUUGCUGUUUCCGGCAAGGGAUUCAUAGCAAGGGACAUGACAUUCCAGAACACGGCUGGGCCGGCGAACCAUCAGGCGGUGGCCCUCCGAGUCGACUCCGACCAGUCAGCCUUCUACCGGUGCAGCGUGGAGGGCUAUCAAGAUACCCUCUACAUCCACUCCCUCCGCCAAUUCUACCGCGAGUGCAACAUCUACGGCACCAUCGACUUUAUCUUCGGCAACGGCGCCGCCGUCCUCCAGAACUGCAAGAUCUUUACCAGAGUUCCCUUGCCGUUACAGAAGGUGACGAUCACAGCUCAGGGCCGGAAAGAUCCUCACCAGAGCACAGGCUUUUCGAUCCAAAACAGCUUCAUCUACGCCACCCAGCCAACUUACUUGGGCCGCCCAUGGAAGCAGUAUUCCAGAACGGUUUUUAUGAACACUUUCAUGAAUGGGCUGGUCCAGCCCAGAGGCUGGCUCGAGUGGUAUGGGAACUUUGCUCUGAACACUUUGUGGUAUGGCGAGUAUAGGAACUAUGGACCCGGGUCGGGCCUCGCAGGGAGGGUCAGGUGGUCCGGGUUCCACGUUAUUCGAGAUGCCUCCACGGCGAACUUCUUCACGGUGGGUAGGUUCAUCGAUGGGAUGGCCUGGUUGCCGCCCACCGGGAUCAAGUUCUCGUCCGGGCUGAGCAAUUAGGCUUCGGACGCGGAGUUGUAAACUUAUUGUCUAGUCCUAUUAAACAGUUACAGAUUCAUCUAUUAUUAAAAGUUUAGGAGAAACGCAUAGUUGAUAAAUUUUAUAUAAUAUGAUCAUUAAUAAUUCUUUCCGUA